GUGUCGGAGGAAGGGUGAAUAAACCGGGGGCAGGCGGUGAGCAGCCGCUCUCCUUGCCCUCUGGGACCGCACAGACAACUUUCUGCAGAGGGUUCAGCGUCUCUGCAACAUUGGCAGAGAGCGGCCAGCUACAGUGGAAGUAUUCGAGGGGUUAAUUAAAGAGACGUAUUGGCCAAAAUCAUGUCCUCGGAUGCCAGUCACAUGCUCGAAGCAGCCUUGGAACAAAUGGAUGACAUCAUUGCAGGUUCAAAGGCAGCAGCAGAGUACUCCAACGGGAUGUACGACAUCAGCUCCCCCAUCCCACCCACCUACCUGAGGUCUCUGCAGGUUCUGCAGUUGGUGGAAGACCUGCGGAUCGGGCUGGAAAUGUUGGGGAGCGAACGGGAGAGAGACGAGGUUCGGAAUCAGAUCCCCACAGCCACACUACAGGCAGUGGCUAACUGGCUGGAUAACAUCUCUCAACCUCUCUCAGGACUCUGGGAUGUAGCCCAUCUGGUCCAGGUCAAUCACCGUGUGCCUGUGAACAAUGAAACGUGCCAGGACCGACUGACCAGGCUAGAAAGUGACCGGGAGUGCCUGGUGCUUCAGGUGAGUGUGCUCACAGACCAGGUGGAAGCACAAGGGGAGAAGAUCAGGGACCUGGAGUCUUGCUUGGAAGAACACCAGCUGAAGCUCAACACAACGGAGGAGAUGCUGCAACAGGAGCUGAUGAGCAGAGCAACUCUUGAGUCCCAGAAACUGGAUCUCAUGGAGGAGGUGACCGCCCUGAAGGUUAAACUGUCCGGUAUAGAGAAGGACCGACGGGAGAGCGAAGAUCUGCAGCGGAGUGAGAACUUACUCCGGGAACUACAGAGGCUGAAAUCCAAGGUGGAGGAACUGGAGAAUGAAAAGAUAGAAUACAAGCAGAGACUGGAGGUCACACAGGCUGAAAUUGAAAAUCUUCAGGAGCAGCUGUACUUAAGAGAUAUCGAAAUUGAUCGUUUGCAGAGUCAGCUCUCUUCCAGAGCUUCAGUGCAGAGUGACGGCUCAGACCGAGAGGAUGUGUACAGGAAGAAACUAAAAGACAAACAUCAAGAGGUUCAGAAGUUGAAAGUCGGGCUUGAUUCCCUACUGGCUGCCAACGAAGAAAAGGACCUACGGAUUGAAGAACUGAAUCGCCUCCUGGCCCAGUGCAAGAUGAUGAAACAGAGGAUGCUAAUGGCUCAAGGUUCGUCAGAGCAGAUCCUCCUGGGGAGCAGUGAAGAAGAAGAAAGUGUCUGCUCAAAGGUAGCGACUCCCACCAGACUCGGACACUCUGAAGAAAUGAAGCCAGAGCAGCUGUCACCCAGUGUGUACUCAAUCCCGGUGGGUCUACGUCUGACUCCUGUGGAGAUCAACACGAGAAGUAUGGAGAUUUCUCAUGACCGGAGCUUCUCUGCGGACGAUGGAAUCAUAGCUGAAAGUCACUGGGCCGAGCCAAAGUGGACGUCUGCUAGCCUGGAGGAGCUGAACAGCACACGCGGCCCAAAGCAGCUCUCAGUCGGGGAGAACGAGGAACCCCCACAUCCGGAGAGGAAACUUUACUUGGAUGACAACAAGUACCAGACCCUCCCUGGGAAACUCUCACCAUCUAGUCACUUGGACAAGGCUGAGCAUUUCCCUCUGAAGCAAGAAUUGGCUGCGGUCCCAAGUGCAUCACCAGGAGGUCCUGAAGAGUGGGAAAGCACGGCAGCCAAUCUGAGGGAGACAGAGAUAAGCGUUGACUCCACGGUCAGCUCCUCCGACCUCUCUCCUCUCUCCUCGACUGUUGAGGGAGAGCAGCUCCCUCCGAGUUCCUCGGAAAACAAAAAGAACAAAGGGCUGAAGAAAUUCCUGGGGAAAAUACGGAGGACACACUCCAGUUCACUCCAGGAUGAUGACGAGGGUGUACUGGAAUUCAAGAGAGGCGGCCUUCGAGCAACCACAGGACCCUGUUUGGCAAGGUCGAGGGAACUCUCCAUUGCACAGAUGGAUCCCAGCCAACCUUUCCAGCAGUGGACAACUGAGCAGGUGUGUGCUUGGCUCGAGAAUGCCGGCCUGAGUCAGUAUGUGGCUUUGGCCAGACAGUGGGUCAGUACUGGACAGAAAUUACUUGCAGCAACACCCCAAGAACUGGAGAAGGAACUCGGAAUCAAGCACCCUCUGCACAGGAAGAAGAUCCAGGCACUACAGAAGGCAGUGGAGAGCGGUCAGAACGACAGCCCCGGGAAGCUGAACCACGUUUGGGUAACACGUUGGCUGGAUGACAUCGGCUUGCCUCAGUACAAGGACCAGUUUACUGAGGGCAGAGUGGACGGUCGGAUGCUGCAGUACCUCACUGUGAAUGACCUCUUGUUCCUGAAGGUCACCAGCCAGCUGCAUCAUCUGAGCAUUAAGUGUGCCAUUCACGUGCUCCACGCCAAUAAGUUCCACCCCAACUGCCUGCGACGUAGACCUUCUAAUGAGAAUCACACCACGCCAUCCGAUGUGGUUCAGUGGUCCAACCACCGCGUGAUGGAGUGGCUGAGGUCGGUCGAUCUCGCGGAGUACGCACCAAACCUCCGAGGGAGCGGAGUCCACGGUGGCCUUGUUAUCUUGGAACCACGAUUUAACUCUGAAACAUUGGCUUUGCUCCUGAACAUCCCACCACAGAAGACGUUACUUCGGAGGCACCUGACUACACACUUCAACCUGCUUAUAGGUCCUGAGGCUCAGCAGGAAAAGAGGGAGUUAAUAGAGUCCAGUAACUACAUGCCUCUGAAUACCACGGCAAAAGUGAGGCCAAAGAGACUCAGUUUCUCACACUUUGGGAAUCUGAGGAAGAAGAAGGUCGAUGAAAGCAAUGACUACAUCUGCCCCAUGGACUUCAUGCAGCGGGCAGCCAACGGCUCCCAGCAGAACAGCGGCGGCUCCAGGCCGCGGAAGGCCGUGGCCAACAAGGACCUGAGCAGGCUGGGCCAGGUGAGGAACCUGGAGUGCUGACAUCUUCACAAGUGUGCUAUAAAUGGGCCAAGUCUGGCCAAACUCGCACUGGGCCUUAACACACUAACAAAAUCAGGGAGAAGGCCUUCCAGCAGUCCCUGUGUGCUGGCAGAGAUCACACCUCACCGACAAGCAAAACGUAUUUGUUAACUUCGACUUCAGAGAAACCUGCGUCAAGUGUGCCCAAACGUGUGCAUGUGUGUGUGUGUAUGUGUAAUACACACAUGGGUGCCCUAUGGUUGUGUGUACACAUGUGUGCCUGGCUCUGUGUGUGUGUGUGUGUGUGUAUGUACAUGUGUAAACAUACAUACCUCUGUCUCUGUGUGUAUGUGUAUGAAACCAAAGUGAUUUUUGUACGGAUUUGGCAGGAUAUAUUUUUUAGCAGGAUGAACCAGGUCAGUGUGUUUUAUACGGUAUAAUUUUAGAUGAUUGAAGUCAUUGUAAAGUGUUCUAGUUGAGUGCAAUGGGAUAUAUUUUAUAUUUAUAAUUUAGUAAUCAAGUUUUUCGGACUACUGCUUGGGUCAUGUUGAGUGGAGCGGGUCCGUUGGAACAGGGAGGGUGCGAGGGAGCCGCUUCUGCCUCAACUCUUCCCGUAGAGGUUUCCGGUUCCCACUCUGCCUUCGGUGCAGUUUUCCUGGGCACUGCAGGUGGGUGUGGGAGGAAAUUUACCAGAGGAUUGCAUGCUGGUUCUUGUUUUGGGGCGAGAAGUUCUGCUGAGGCUCGGAAGUACCAGAGGCAUCAUGUUAGACUGAGUGGGUGGGAAAGUACGGUUAUUACAGUGCUUGGAUCUUUCUUAUCUAAUAAUUCACCAACCCCUCUCAUCUCCCCCACCCCCCACUCCUAGCUAGUGUAGGGACAGAGAAAUAGCAAAAAAACCAGGUUUUCCUAGACUGUCAAAUCCCCUCCUCUCUAGUAACCACCUUAAUCCAAGAAAAAUGCCAAAUUUCACGGAUGCUGGAUAGCAGAAGAAAAGGAAGAAAAUACUCGGCAGGUCAGGCAGCAUCUGCAGAGAGAGAAAACAGGGCUGAUAUCUGUUCUCAACCAUCUUUGAUCCCUCUCUCUUCACAGAUGCUAAAUGACAUUCGGAGAAUCUCAAUACUUUUAUUGAGAAUCUCAAUAUUUUUAUUCCCGAACCUCUAAUAGGGUUCUCUAAAAUUAAAUUCUUCUGGUAAAUCUGCAGAUUGCGAUUCCACUCAUGAUAGGAUGGGAUUGUACUUUGGAGAGAAACCUUGUGUCUCUCUCUUCUGUUGGAAACAUUGGCUUCCCCACUAGAUUGUUCUCAUGUCACUGUCGUAGGAUUAUCAUGAUUUCGCCAGGCCAUUUUCCUUCCUAGCCCUCUUGGUGAGGGCAUGGUCCAAUUUAACAUGUGAAAAUCCACACAAAGUAUUCCAAAACUCAAAGAUAUAUUUUAGGAGCACAAUUAAUAAAUUCUCUGUGUGGCUUUUUUAUGUUACUGUGAAGCUGAUCCCCUAGUGCAUACUUUAUAAAAUAAUUAAUAAAUAUAUUCCCUGAUGUGUAAGUGUGAUUUUAUCCAAAAUGGCUCACUUGCACUGGUUAAUCUUCACACAAGUUUUUUACCCGGAGUGUUGGGUGCACUGUCAGGAGUAGUGGUAGAGGCAGAAAGCAGCUGUAAUAUUCAAUAUUACUUACCUUCCAAUGGAAAAAAGGAGUAUGGGGUUAGUACAAGAAAAUUGUCACUGAGGUUAGUGUCAGACAUGACCUUUCUCAGUAGCAGAACAGAAACCAGCAUCCUCUUGGCCUAGGUUUGCUCCCAUUUCUGAUGUUCAAAGUAAAUUUAUUAUCAAGGUACAUAUCUGUCACCAUAUCCAGGCCUGAGAUUCAUUGUCUUGCAGACAUACUCAAUAGGAUAAUAACCAUAACAGAAUCAGGGAAGAAUUGUCCAAUUUAGGCAUUCAACCAGAGUGCAAAAGACACAAACUGGUCAAAUGCAAAAAGAAAGAUAUAAAAAUAAUAAAUAAAUGAGGAAUAAAUAUUGAGAGCCCUUGAAAGUGAUUCCAUUGGUUGUGGGAACAUUUCAAUAAUGGGGCGAGUGAAGUUAUCCCCACUGGUUCCAGAGCCUGAUGGUUGAGGGGUAAUAACUGUUGCUGAACCUGGUGGUGUGAGCCCUGAGGCUCCUGUACCUCCUUCCCGAUGGCAGCAGCCAGAAGAGAGCGUGUUCCGGGUAGUGGGAGUCCCUGGUAAUGGAUGCUACUCUCCAGUGCCAAUGCUUUGUGUAGAUGUGCUUGGUGGUGAGGAGGAAUUUAUCCGCGAUGGACUGGGCCAUAGUUUAUCCACUACUUCCCUUUCAAUGGCAUUGGUGUUUCCAUACCAGACUGUGAUGCAGCCAGUCAAUAUACUCUCCACUACACAUCUAUCGAACUUUGUGAAAAUUCAGAGACACACAGUUUUCUAGCCCAGCCAGGCCAAGAAAAUAACUGAAAACACUUAACCAGUUAAAUUUAACAUGUAAAUUGGUUCUGAUAAACCUUACUUUCUAAAGAAAAGGUAAUUAACCUCAAAUUCUGAAAAUGAUAUUCUUAUAUAUUUACAUAAAUAUUCCUAUUGGGUUUAUUGUCUUUUACUUCAACACCACUGGGUAGUUUCUUAAAGAUAUUUUUUAUUUAAAAACUUACUGUGGGAAAUCUCAGAUGUUAUAAAAUAUAUGCAAAAAUGUUUUAAUUUUUGUAAAAUCACAAAUAAAGAGGUUUUUUUAUUAGCAA